GUCGCGUUUGCAACAAUCGAGCGCACAGAUCUCUCGCAAAGCGGAGCUCACAGCUGGAAUUACGAAAAAAAGGAGCAAUUUUUGGAAAGUAAAGAACAAAACAGAAAACACAACUAAAGAUGAGCACGCAGAGUCAACUGAAUACGGCGCAGUUGGUGUUUGAAGAGAAGCCAUUGUAUGUGCCCUCGUUGGAAGAGUUGCAGUCAGUUAUACAGGGUGCACUGGAUAAGAACUUUGCCACCGCCAGUGUAAAUGUGGGCACCUGUCCAGAUCUAAAAGCGCCACAAUUUGGCCUGGUCGAGUCUGGUUUGGGUGGCAAACCGAUUUUGCUGGAGGUGGGAGGUCCUCCGUAUUUGCUGCCGCUAGUGCAGCGCGAGAAGUUAUACAACAUUAAGGAGAUCACACGCAGGGCACAGGGUGCCCAGGGCAAAAUAUUUGCCAUAGGCGCCGGCGCCGGACCAUUUCCCAUACGCAACUCCAAUUGCGAGGGCAUCUACAAUCUGUCCGUGAGUGCGGAGAAUGAGCUCAACAAUGGCAGCUAUACGGCCACGGUGCGGGGCGAGCACGAGGAAUGCGUCCUGGAACGCAUACCCAGCACUGAGCCACGCUGUGCCCUGCUCCUGAAUCUCUUCGUGUGCAGUGGUGAAACGGGACCCGUGCUGAAGAUCAGUGCCAAGCGGCGCAAGGGCGAGUUUAAUUUUGUGGAGUGCAUACGCAAGGGAUUGGAGAAGCACUAUGACGACCAGGUCGUUGGCCUGGGUGGCAUCUUUCUCGUUAAGAGCGGAGCCGUUCAUCAGCAUGUGAUGCGGGAUUUUAGCACUACGCCCAUUCACACGGAUGAGGAGGUCAAUCAGUGGCUCAAGUUUUAUGAGAUGCCCGCCCAGCUGAAUGCCGUCGGCACACUGGUCACCAAGGAGCACGAUCUCGAUUUGCGACUGCAGCACUUUCACUCCUUCUCCUUCAGCAACUGGGGUGGACACUAUCACUACGACACCACGCCGGACUCAGUCGAAUACGAGGCAUAUCUCAAUGUGGCUGAGCGUGUGGUUCGCGUUGAUCCCCCCGCCGACACCCACAAAGUGGGCAGGGACUGAAUCGCCUUUCUCCAGUAACAAAAAAAAACACAAAAAACAAAAAAUAAUAGAGCUUAAAGUUAAAUUUAGUAAAUAAAUAUUCAUUUGAUAGAUGAAAAAAAUAAUAUAAAUGUGUGAAAAUUGA